CACACUACGGACUACCACAUAUUUAUAGCCACAUAUUAGGACAUAAACUUUAAAACAGUUUUAUUUUAUCAGAAGUGAGACUCUUAUGAUUUACAUUGGAUUCUUUGUAAAUGCUAUCUCUAUGAAUGAAGUGCAAGAAAACAUGGUUGUUUUUCAGCGUUCGUUUGAGUUUUUGAACAUUAAAUAUAUAUUAUCAAUUAAAUAAUAACGAAUUAAAAUGAUUUAAAUUAAACAAAUAUUAAUUUAAUUUUUUUAUAUGUAUAAAUUAGACGAAUAACCUAGCGAUCAUUUUAAGUGUUAUGAGAGUAGCGUUGUUAGUAGAAAAAAAAACAUGAAUUUUAUGAACUUUCAAUAAUUUGAGUAAGUGUCCGUAACUGUGAAACGUUCACUUUAUUGCAUAUCAUUUAAUUUUUGAUAGAAUUAUGUGUUUCGGAAAGAGAAAACGAGAGAAUUUUUGACGUGUCGCUUUUUUAAGUUUCGUGAUCGUCCGCCAUAUUUGUCCUUUUAUAAAUUUUUGUGUUUCGGUUUGGCACUAAUGCUUCGUAUCCUUCUAUGAUAAUUAUUUUGCAGUUAUGAAUAUAUUUAUCUGAAUUAAAAACAAGGCAGGUGUUCAGAAUGGUUGUUGGAUCCGCAAAUUAUCCAGGGAGGCAAGUGCUCCACAAAAUGCAGCCAAUGGGCAUGACACCCCGCGAACUGUCUGAAUACGAUGACUUAGCUACAGCUCUCAUAGUAGACCCCUAUCUUGGAAUCACUACACACAAAAUGAAUAUUCGCUAUAGACCGUUAAAAACAAAUAAAGAAGAACUUAGAAACAUCAUUAAAGAAUUUAUUCAAACGCAAGAUUACAAUAAGGCAUACACAAAACUUGCCUCUGGAGAAUGGAUGCCUAGGCAUUUUAGCAAAAACAAACAUCAACAAAAUAAAUUAAGAGAUCAUAUAUAUCGGUAUCUUCGAGUUUUUGAUAAAAAGGCUGGCUUUGUCAUAGAGCCCUGUUAUAGAUAUUCUUUAGAAGGUCGCGUCGGCGCUAAGAUAUCAACAACAAAAAAAUUUUUUAAACAUGAGAGGAUUGACUUUUUGGUAGGAUGUAUCGCUGAAAUGACUGAAGAAGAAGAAAAGCAAUUACUGCAUCCAGGAAAGAAUGAUUUUUCAGUGAUGUAUAGUUGUAGAAAAAAUUGUGCUCAGUUGUGGUUGGGACCUGCCGCAUAUAUAAAUCAUGACUGUCGGCCUACAUGUACAUUUGAAGCCACUGAUCGUGGAAAGGCAUUUGUUCGUGUGUUGAGAGAUAUUGAGGUUGGUGAAGAAAUAACAUGUUUUUAUGGAGAAGAUUUUUUCGGAAAUGGAAAUUGUUACUGUGAAUGUGAAACAUGUGAAAGAAGAGGUAAAGGAGCAUUUUCUGUGCAAAAUGAGCAUAAUGACGAGCAAGCUACAAGGUACAGAUUUAGAGAAACUGAUAAUAGAAUAAAUAGAACUAAAGCAAAACAAUCACAAAAGUCUAGCUGCAAAAAUUCCGAAAAAACUCGAAUAUCCAAUCGACAAGUUUCUAACAUAGUGUCUCCAUUGAGUAUGAAAGAAAUGAAGCAGAAAGGCUUGACAAAAUAUGAUGCAGAACUUUUAAUAGCUCAAGGUUGUAUAGCGGAUGUUGUUGAUGGAGCUGUUAGUAAAGGAACUCAAGGUAGUCGAGAAUCAUCUGCUUCGAGCCGGGGUGAACGGUUACGACGACGGACUGACAGUGGCCGUGCAAUAAAUGGCACUUCUACGUCUACUUCCAAUAAUCAAAGUCGAGGUCAACAGUCUCGUUGUUGUAGUAUUACUAGUUCACGUAGUAGUCCCGAUUCCCAUUCUGGCAUAGUUUUAAGGAGUCAUAAACGUCUUACUGAUACAUGUACUCAAUCAACUUGUUCAAAACUUAGGAAUUCUUCAAAAGUGAGUUCAGAAAGUAAAAUAGAAAGAAGUGACAAUGUAUUUAAAACUGAACCUGAUCAAACUAGUUUAGAACUGAAUAAUUUGUCUCAUGAAAGCAAGUCUGUUCAUGAUCCUCAAAACGAAAACUGCGAAACUGAAACACAGGUGGUUACUUGUAGUGAAAUAGAAAUUUUAGAAACAGAGAACAAAUGUGAUAUAAAAGAAUCUCUGCAGCAAAACGUUGAGUUUCCUUCAUUAGUUGCAUCAGAUACCUCUGAAACACAGAAUUGUAAUUCUAAAGAACAAGCUGUAGAAAAUAUUAAAUGUAUAAAAGAUGAUGCAUGUGUAAAAAAUGAAAUAUGUGAUUUUAGAGAAAAUGUUAAUCCAAGUGAAUCAAAAGAUAGUAAAACAAGUCAGAAUAAUAAAGGUGAAGUUUCAAAUAGAACUGAAGAAACCAAAAAGGAAUGUGAGUUGGGACCACCAUGGUUAGCUGAUAAUUCAAAUAAAAGUAGUGAAUGCCCUUGCACUCCACCAAGAAGAGGCUUGAAAUUAACCCUCCGCGUCAAAAGGAGCCCUGUGGUUGAAGAAGUUAUGGAUUGCAGAGGUACGGUUGAAGCUCCGGAAUAUGAGGUCUUAAGGUUAGAAGGCGUUGAUCCCGAAACUGCACGACGACUGAAGAAAAGACGCAGAUCUAAAGAAAGGCAUCGUAAACAUAGUCCUAUCCGUCCCCUGCCUCCUAUGAAACGCUUAAGAUUAAUUUUUGGCAAUGAAAGUCGUACUAUUGACUUGCCCACUGCCAUUUCGGCAGACUGACAGCCACAUUAUUAUUGUGGUUAUGAUUCCACCGUUAAUAUUCAAUUAUUAGUUUAAUUAAUGUCACUGACUAGGAUUAUUUUUAUCUAGUAUUUAUUUUGUGACGUAAAGUUUGAAUUGAUUGAAGUAUUGUGAUAGUUAACAAAUUGUUUUGAAAUAAGACUUUGAAAUAUUUAUUGAAAAAAAAUGUGUUAUUUUCUUUGGAAUAAUAAUCACAAAAAGUGUCUAAAUUCAACAUGACUAUCAAGCAUAACAAUGGAGAAUUUCAAGACACAAUAUGCAUGAUUUGUAAUAUUUCUACUGGGAUGUAUAUAACUACUUUACUCAGCUUUAAAUUUUUAUGACAAAAGACUAAUAUUUUGUACCAAUACACUACAAACAUGGUCAUACUCAACCUUUUUUUCCUUCGUUAAUUAUAUUGUAUGUAAAGUAGUGGAAAAUAAAUAAAGGUAUUGCUUUUAUACUAUACUACUGAGACUGUUACUGUUAAUGCUAAUUCUGCAAAACAUUUAUGAUACAGUCAUGAGAAGAUGUGUACACAGCAGGUGGAUGGAUGGUGGUAAAUUAGUUUUAUGAAUGCUUAAACUUGUGUGAACACAGGUUGAGUAUGGCUGGUAUUACAUAAUCCUGAAUGUUAUUUAUUCAGUACACUUGUUUAGGUUUGAAAUUGUCUAAGAUAUUUAGGAUGUGUAUAUUGUUAAUAUGUAUAGAUAAAAUUGACAAGAAUUCAGUGAAUUUUGAGCUAUAUGAUUAAGGAUCAAAAGUACUGCCGGAAUUACUCAUAUUAUGUAAUUUAUAUUAAAAAAAAAAUUACAGUUAUGCUAGUCUUACACUUAAUUAUUGAAUCAGGUAUGGAAGCUUUAACAUAACAUCAUCCUCCUAUUACAAAAAAUGUGGUCAACAAAUAAUUGGUAUGCAACUUUAUGAUUUUGCUUAGUAAAUUAUAUGAAUUGUUAUUAAUGCAAAUUGAUGAUGUUUAAACGAUUUUAAUUAGUUCUAAGCAUGCCAAGCUCAAAAAUAAAAAAUGUUGAUCUUAAGUUUCAUGUGUAAUUCCGGCCUAAUAAACCUUCAUAAUAAUUGCAGAUUCUGAAAAACUGUAAAUGAUGCGCAUGAAAAUUGAAUAUACAGUUUUAAUAUUAAUUUAUGGUUUUAAUUUAGGUUGUGGUAGUUUACUAUUUAAAACCAGUGAAAUUACUUUUUUUCAAGUUCAGAAUUGUAUACAUACAUAUCUAUAACCUUUCGUUCACUUUAAACCUAUUUAAUUUCAGUCUAGGUGAAUUUAGAGAGGGGUUACUUGUUAGAUGCUUAAUAAUAGGUACAUAUACAUUUUUAAGUUAGACAAAAAAUGCGAACAAUUUGAAAAUAUCUAAAACCAUAAUGUAAGCACUCUUAAAAAAACCAGGAAACUUCGUUGAUGUACUGUAAAUAUGAAGAGCAGUGUUAGUUCAGAAUACAUUCCACAGAAAGGUAAAUUUAAGGUUUUCCGAUUUUUCACUAAAAAUGUUGGUCACUAAAGUAUUAUUAUGAUUUAACAUAUUUUUAAUAUGUAAAAUUAAUUCUUUUGAAUUUUGAUUUUAUUUAUGGUGACUCAAUUUAAUAAAGUCUGCAACAUUGUUUUAAAUACUAUUUAUUUAAAUAGAUAUUUAAUCUAAGAGCUACUGCUAAAUCACACUAGACUUAGUGAUCCUUAGUGUAUUGUAGUAAGAUUUAGAAAAUAUUGGUCAUUGUGACUUAGAGCAACAUUAUAGAAAGAUAUAAAAAUAUUAGUUAAGCAUUUUAAAAUUCAAUCAUGUCAAUUUUAAAAUCAUAAUGCGCAUCAUUUACUUAACAUUGUAAAAUAGAAUUUACGGUGAUGUAUUUAUAUGUAAAAUAAAACAUACUUAACUGCUGGUAAAUAAACUAGCUUUUGUGAUAUUCCUAGAUGGAAUAGUGUAUGUAAAAAUCCAGGUUAGAUGAAAUAAUUGCAUCUUGUUAUCAAAUUAGCCAAUAUGGAAUAUUUUCAUUUAAUUAUGAUAAUAAAAUGCCUCAACUCUU